CAAACCAACAAAUCCAAUUCCAAUAAUAAGUCUAACUGAAGAAUCAUACGAACAGAGACGCAGACACCCAACGAAACAAAUGGGGAUUCAACCUUUCCUCUUCUCUGUCUUUUUGCUUCUCCUACAUUCUACAGCUGCUGCACCCGUCGGCAUUUGUUACGGUAUCGUCGCCAACAACCUCCCACCGGCGUCCAAUGUCGUCAAUCUCCUCAAAUCCAACGGAAUUUCCAAUAUUCGGCUCUUCAACGCCGAUCCAGACACUCUAAAACCGUUCUCCGGUACCGGAAUUCAGCUCAUGAUCGGAGUUCCCAAUGAAGUCCUCCCUUCUCUGGCAACCGGCACCGUCAAUGUCUCGCUGGACUGGCUUCAAUCCAACAUUUUCGCAUAUGUUUCCUCCGAUCAAGUCAGGUACAUCGCCGUCGGCAACGAGGUCUUCCUUAAGGAUCCGUUCUACACUCCCUACGUACUUCCUUCCAUCAUCAGCCUCUACCAAGCUCUCCAAAUCCUAGGUUUGGCAGACAAAAUAAAGGUGUCGUCGCCACACGCAGCGUCCGUACUCUCCAGUUCGUCCCCUCCCUCUACCGGAACCUUCGAUCCCUACCUCCGAUCCGUCAUGGUCCCGUACCUCCAGUUCCUGGAGGACCACGGAUCACCGUUCCUGUUGAACGUGUAUCCGUACAUCAGCUACAUCAGGAACAAACAGUACAUAUCCUUGGACUACGCACUAUUCGGAUCGGGAACUACAGUUCAAGAUGGCGCAUUGACAUACACAAACCUGUUCGACGCAUCGGUGGACGCUUUCGUUUGGGCCAUGGAAAGAGAAGGAUUCGGCGGAGUGGCGGUAGUGGUGGCGGAGACAGGGUGGCCGAGGGACGGGGGUGACGCGGCAACGCCGGAGAAUGCGUUGGCUUAUAACAACAAUGUGAUUAGACGGGCACGGAACUCGGUUGGAACGCCUAAAAGGCCUGGGGUUGGGGUUGAAGUGUUCGUGUUUGACCUGUUUGAUGAGAACCUCAAGAGCGGGGAUGAGUAUGAGAGGCACUUUGGGAUCUUUGGACUUGAUGGUGCCAAGGCUUAUGACCUAAGUUUCAAUUGAAUUGAUAUUAUGUAUCGCCUGGUUUUAUUUUAAUUUUGUCCAGUUGAGAAGCUUACAUUAUACUACUUGCCUUUUUAUUUU